UAUUUUUGGUUAUGCCGUGAUACUUAAAUAAUUGGCUUUUUAGUCUUUGCAGAAUGGAACCAGUUCUGGAUCCAGAAACGAUUUUUAGACCAUCCUAUAUUGCCAGUGUUGAGCUACCUUUGAGAACUGGGCCAGUAAAUGUUGAAGAUAUCAAAACAAACCUCUCUGAUGAAUUUUCCUUGGCUGCUUCAAGCUUGGAUAUGAGUCAGCCGAACAGCUUUGUGUGCAAGGAACAUGUACAAGUUUGCCUUCGAAUUAGGCCUUUCACAUCAUCAGAAAAAGAACAGGAAUUUCAGGAAUGUGUUUCUAUUGAAGACUCAACUAGUGUUAUAUUGAAAGCUCCAAAGAACUCCAUGGCCUGUCGACUCAGUGAAAAAAACAUGGGGCAGAUGAUGCAGAAAUUCAUGUUUUCACAUGUGUUUGGACCUGAAACAACCCAGGAAGAGUUCUUUGAGGGCACAAUGAAACAACCAGUACAAGACUUCUUGGAAGGACACAGUCAUCUUAUUUUCACUUAUGGUGUAACAAAUGCUGGAAAAACUUACACAUUCCAAGGGACGGAAGAUGAUGUUGGUAUCCUGCCAAGAACUAUGGAUAUGCUGUUUAAAAGAGUUCAUGGUAAAAUGUAUCCAGAAAUGGAUCUCAAGCCGCAUAGAUGUAGAGAAUAUAUAAAGCUGACUAAAGAACAAAUGAAAGAAGAAAUUGCUUUUAAAAAUUCAAUUCUUCGUCUAACAAAAGAGGCAGAUUUUCAGAACAGCAAUUGCAGCAAGACUUCAGACGAAUCUGAAGACUUGGAAGAAGUCACAAAAGAAUCUGAACAAUCUAUCACAACUGAAGGAAGCCACAUGAAAUUCUCUCUUUGGGUUUCCUUUUGUGAAAUUUACAAUGAGUGCAUUUAUGACUUGCUGUUCCCAAUAACAAAUGACAAGAAAAGAAAGUUGUUGCGUCUUGCUCAAGAUAUCAAAGGCUGCUCGUAUGUGAGAGAUCUGCAGUGGGUCCAGAUUUCUAAUGCAAAAGAAGCUUUUAGACUUCUGAAGUUAGGAUUGAAACACCAGAGCAUUGCUUGCACAAAACUGAAUACUUGUUCCAGCAGAAGUCACAGCAUAUUCACUGUUAAAAUAUUAAGGAUUGAAGAUUCUAAAAUACCUCUUGUAACACAAGUCAGUGAAUUAGUACUCUGUGAUCUUGCUGGCUCAGAAAGAUGCACCAAAACACGCAAUGAGGGUGAUCGAUUGAAAGAGAGUGGAAACAUUAACACUUCUCUGCUGAUUCUAGGAAAAUGCAUUAAUGCACUCAAGAACAGUCAACAAUCAAA